AUGACCAACACAUCACGAAAGAUCGUCUGUUUCUCAGACUUUGACGGUACCAUUUUCCUGCAAGACACCGGCCAUGUGCUCUUUGAUAAUCUAGGUUGCGGCUCAGCACACCGUCAACUUCUCGAUGAACAAAUCAAAUCUGGCGAGCGCUCCUUUCGCGACGUCUCCGAAGAAAUGUGGGGUUCGUUGCAUACCCCCUUCGAGAAUGGAUUUGAGGUGCUGGAGAAGGCUCUGGAGAUCGACCCCGGGUUCCAAGAAUUUCACCAAUUCUGCAUCAAGAAUAACAUCACUUUCAAUGUUAUUAGUGCAGGGUUGAAGCCGGUUCUUAGCCGGGUGCUGGAGAAUUUCCUCGGAGAAGAAGAGGCAUCCCAUAUUCAGAUCGUCGCGAAUGAUGCAGAGAUCAAACCUGAUGGCUCGGAAUGGAAGCCAAUCUGGAGACAUGACAACGAACUUGGACACGACAAGGCCCUGUCUGUGCAGGAAGGCCGUGCCCUGGCUCUGAAAGACUGUCCUGAUGGGCAGGUUCCUCUCAUCAUCUUCAUUGGUGACGGAGUCUCCGACCUUCCUGCAGCUCGUGAAGCCGACGUGCUCUUCGCCCGAAAGGGUCUUCGUUUGGAGGAAUACUGCAAAGAAAAUAAUAUCCCCUACAUCGGAUUCGAGAGCUUUGCAGAUAUUCGGAAAGAGGUGGAGAAGAUUAUGAAGGAAGACCAUGAGAAAACUGGGGGUGUUGGCACGCCGGCUCGGUUCAAUCCUCGUGCCAACAUGUGGCGACGUGCCUCCAGCAAGCAAGCUAUUCCCAAAUUUGUGGCCGCUACCCCAACGCAGGAAGAGAAGAUGUUCAUUUGGCCCGAGUCUUUUUCGGAACCCCAGCCGAAGACGAUGCCAGAGGUACCGGAGACCAGAGUCGCAUAG